AUGAGAUAUGUCGACGAUGGUUUCGCAUGUGUACACAUCGAUCAUGUUAAUACCAUUCUUAAGAUCUUUAAUGAACAAAAUUCACAUAUCAAGUUCACCCAUGAAGUUGAAACGGAAAAUCAUCUGAACUUCUUAGACGUACAAUUCAUUAGGAUUGGAUCACGUAUUGUCACUAGGUUUCAUGCAAAUUCUCGUGACAAGAGUCGCUUGUGUCUGACUUCACCAUACAAUCAACGCUUCGUCGAGUCGACGUCGCUUUUACUAAAGAAAUACCGCAUCAAUAUCAUUCCAUCGAUAAAUAAUAAGCUCAACGUCAUAAUUGUAUUAGGAAAAGAUAAAACGAAAAAGUUGGACCGUGUCAAUUCUGUAUAUAAAUUUUAUUGCAAGUCAUGUAAUGCAACAUAUGUAGGUGAAACCAAGAGGGCACUGAAGAAACGUAUCAGUGAGCAUAAAAAUAACAAAGAUCCAAAAUUUGUGAUGAGACUGCACUCAUUGGAUCAUGAACAUGAGUUUGAUUUCAAGAACGUCAGCAUUUUGCAUACUGAAAAUAACUGGUACAAGAGGCUCAUCGCAGAAAUGUUUUACAUCAAAAAUAAUGUUUCUGCUAUUAACAAAAGAGAAGAUACACGAGGGAUUAGCAUUCUCUACAGAAAACCUGUGAAGCAACCUCCUAAUUUAUUUUCAUUCUUAAGUCCUUUGAGUUUGGAUGUCUGGAUUUAUAUGGCCACAGCAUACCUUGGAGUAUCUGUUCUUCUGUUUAUUUUGGCAAGAUUCAGUCCAUAUGAAUGGGAGAAUCCACAUGAUUACAACCACCAAUCAAAAAUGACAGAAAACGAAUAUACAUUAUUAAAUUCUUUAUGGUUUACCAUAGGCUCAUUAAUGCAACAAGGAUCCGAUAUUGCUCCAAGAGCAUUGUCCACACGUAUGGUAGCAGGUAUGUGGUGGUUUUUCACUUUGAUAAUGAUAUCAUCGUACACAGCAAAUCUUGCCGCAUUUUUGACAGUAGAACGCAUGGAUUCCCCAAUAGAAAGUGCAGAAGAUUUGGCAAAACAGACGAAGAUAAAAUAUGGUGCUCUUAAGGGUGGUAGCACUGCAGCUUUCUUUCGGGACUCCAAUUUUUCUACGUAUCAACGGAUGUGGCAUUUUAUGGAAACGUCUAAAGCACCAAAUGAAGUUUUUACCAAGAGCAAUGUAGAAGGAGUAACUCGCGUAAUAAAAGAUAAAGGAAAUUAUGCAUUUCUUAUGGAAUCUACAUCUAUAGAAUAUGUGAUUGAGCGGAAUUGUGAAUUGACUCAAAUUGGUGGACUACUUGAUUCGAAAGGAUAUGGUAUAGCGAUGCCCCCUAAUUCACCUUAUAGAACAGCAAUCAGUGGGACAAUUUUAAAAUUGCAAGAGGAAGGUAAAUUACAUAUAUUAAAAACAAAAUGGUGGAAAGAAAAACAUGGGGGAGGAUCAUGUAGAAUGUUGUGUGGGCGUGUAAUGUGCCUCCCUACUAAUACCGACUAA